UACGGUGUUAAGGUGUUACUUUAAUUUUCUGCACUUUUAAGUUCGGCUGUUUUUAAGUUUUUGCUUAUUUUUUCGACUUAAAUGGAGUGAAGUUAGACGGCUCAACCGAACUAUUAAUUCGGAAUUGGAAAGUAGCCUUAGUCCCGGUUUUCGCGAUCACAUCUUGGUAAUUAACUGCGUGAUUUAUCCAUCAGAGUAGAGCUGAGAUCCGUUUCGCCAGUGUUUUUACCCUGUUUGCGUGUCUUGAAAUUUGCCAGCCUCUCAUUGAAGAUGGGUUUAACAAUCUCCAGUUUAUUCGGACGGCUAUUUGGGAAGAAGCAGAUGAGAAUUUUAAUGGUGGGGCUGGAUGCUGCUGGGAAAACAACAAUUCUGUACAAACUGAAAUUAGGAGAAAUUGUCACAACAAUUCCUACCAUCGGGUUCAAUGUGGAAACGGUCGAAUACAAGAAUAUAUCUUUUACCGUGUGGGAUGUUGGAGGACAGGACAAAAUUCGUCCUCUGUGGCGACAUUAUUUCCAGAAUACACAAGGCUUGAUUUUUGUGGUAGACAGCAACGAUCGUGAGCGAAUUGGCGAGGCACACGAAGAAUUAAAUAAAAUGCUCCAAGAAGAUGAACUUCGGGAUGCGGUUCUGCUUGUUUUUGCCAACAAGCAAGAUUUGCCGCAGGCUAUGUCAGCCGCAGAUUUAACAGAUAAGCUGGGUUUAAGCGCGCUUCGUGGACGAAAGUGGUAUAUUCAGGCAACUUGUGCCACUCAAGGCCAUGGAUUAUAUGAAGGCUUGGAUUGGCUUUCCAACGAGCUGGCAAAAUAGUUGUAACGAUUACCCUUUGAUGGAUUAGAGCUGGGAUGCUUAAAAGCCGUACCGCUUGUUUAAGUUUUUUUCUCACUGUUUCCGUUUAUUCAUUCUGAGCUGUUAUUCCUCCACGUGUAUAUUGAUAACUGAUAAAUGCAGAUCACUUGGGCACAUUUAUCAAGCAUAUUUUUAACGAUGUGGAAUUAACUGAUGGGCUCUAGCACUACUCAUACUAAUAUAGCAGAUAUUUUAAUUUUGUACUGUUAUCCUGAGGAAGUAGGAGUCCAUGAAUUUCCUGUUUUUGUUCGGCUGUUUAUUUACUUGUAUCAAAUCUUUUGAUCUAUUACGUUUCAAACUUCCUUGAUUUUAACAUUUUCGGGAGUUGUUGUUUAGAAGCGUUCCGUAUUUGCACAUGCAGACUAUAAAUCAGUGUUUCUCAA